AUGUCGCUAGAAAAAUCUUUUUUAAAAUAUUUUAAAACAGAAAUUCCGGCUUUUGCAAAUAUAAGUUUACAAUUUACAGGCAUCGGUCAUUUAAUAAUCCAUGGAAAUGGUCUUAUUUCUUACUUGUGUAGAAAUUACAAUUUAGAUAUAAAGACACUUCCUUUACACACAAUUUAUCAUGGAUUUAAUUUUUUAGUGUCAAAUCUAAAAACAAGUGGAUUUGAUGUUAUUACAAUUUUCUUUGAUUAUAAAGAUUUGGACAUUUACACAAAAGUCAUUAUUGAGUUUAUUAAAAGUUUUUAUGAAUGUAAAAAUUUUAUUGAAUUGAAUGAUUAUAUAAAAAAUGAAAGAGUAGCUUUAGUUUUAGGAGAUCAAUCAGAAAGAUCUCAAAAUUUUUUAUUUUUGUGUGCUACAAAAAAUUUAUAUAUAGGGUUUUUAGAUAAUUUAGAGAUUAGAACACCAUUUAUAUACACUUUUAUUUAUAAUCCACUUUUUACGAAAAAUACAGAUGAAAUUUUUACAGAUUUUAUUUCUUCUGAAAAAAUUGAUAUUAGCAUGAGUGAACUUGAAGAGGAUAUAAACAGGGAAAUAAAAAAAAUUAAUUCUUCUUUAGAUCUUAAAAAAAUUGAGAAUUUAUUUGAUACAGAAAUGGAUUACAAUUGUUAUAAAGUUAAUGAUCAGUGUAUUGAUAUAAAUAUGUGUGAUUUAAUUUAUAAAUUUUUGAUUUGUAAAAAGCAAGAAGAAGACUUUUUUGUAUUUAAAUUUGACGGAAGACUUUUGUUCUCAGAUGGUGAGAAAAUUGAUGAUAAAUUUUACCCGUUUAUAGAAAAUAAAGAUGUUAAAAUGAUGCAAUACAAACCUGAAAAGUAUGAAAUUGAUUAUUUGGUUACAGCUAAGCAAACUAAUGAAAAGUCUAAUUUUAUACAUUUAAAAAAUAUUCAAAAAUCUGCAGAAUCAUUGUUUAACGGAAAAUUAUUAUUUUCCCCUAUUGUUAAAUCUAAAGACAUUAAAAAGAAAAAAGUGUCUAAAAAACAGCAAGAAAUUAUUGACACAAAUAUGAAAAGAUUGGCAGAUAAACAAAAAGAAAAUGAUAAAAUUUGGCUUCGAAAUUUUUAUCAAAAGUAUAAAAAUGCAGAUGUGGUUACAAAGAAAAAUUUAUUAGAAGGUGUUUACACUGAAAAUUUGACAAUUUAUAAAAGAUUGCUUUUGCUUAAAAUAGAAUAUUAUGCAGAUAUUUGGAAUUUAGAAAAAAGAGCAGAAAAUUGUGAUGAACGUAAAAUAAUUCCGUGUUAUUUAAAUUGCUUAGAGUAUGUAAAUAAAUUUUUGGAUUCAGAAGAAACCUCACAAUUUGUUUUACAAAAACUUAUUGAUUGUGGUUUUGAGGCCACAGUGCAUGAGAUUGUAGAAAAAAAUAAUUUGGAUUUAAAGUUGGAAUUUUUUACUGAUGAUACAUCUGCGCCAAGUGAUUAUGAUAUCUGUUUUCAGCUAAAACAUACGGGUGAUAAACUUAAAAGAAAUCUUGGUUCUAAAAAAGAUUCGCGUGUACUUUUUGAACCUGAUGCAUGGCAAAGGCGGCUUUUAGAUUUAGUUGAUGAAAAUAAAAGUGCAAUUAUUGCAGCACCAACAAGUUCUGGAAAAACAUUUAUUUGUUUUUAUGCCAUAGAAAAAAUAUUAAGAAAUAGUGACAAAGACAUGGUUAUAUUUUGUCUACCAACAAAAGCAUUAGCAAACCAGGUUUCUGCAGAUAUUUAUGCUAGAUUUUCCCCAAAAGUUAAUGUCAGAACAAGCAUUCAAGGGUCAUUGUUGAAGGAUUUUACUAAAGAUCCUUACAAUUGUCAAGUUCUUAUAACAAUUCCAUCACUUUUAGAAUCAAUACUUAAUUCUCCACCAGAAAAUAUUCUUUCUAGAAUUAAAUAUAUAAUUAUUGAUGAAGUUCAUAAAAUUAGUUCAGAAGAAAUGGGAAGUCCUAUAGAAAGAAUUUUCCAUCUUAGUCCGUGUCCAUUAUUAGUAUUAAGUGCAACAUUAGGAAAUUUAAAUGGAUUUUACGAAUGGGUUUCUGAAAUUGAAAAAUCAAAAAAUCGUGAAUGUGAAUUGGUUCUUCACACCGAAAGAUAUUGUGAGUUAAAACCGUAUGUAUAUUCAAAUAAUAUUGUUCCUAUAAAUAAUCUAUUUGCGUAUUCUUAUGAGCAUAUUAAAAAAUUCGGAUUUGGAAAUGAUAUAAGUUUUUUGCCUGAAGAACUACUUUAUUUAUUUGAUUCAUUGUGUACGGUGUUAACAAAAGAACAGAAAGAAUUACUGUAUCCUUUGGUACCAGAAAAAUUUUUUACUAGUAAUAUUAUUACAAAAAAAGAUGUUAAAGAUUACGAAAAACAUUUAUUAAAUUAUUUUGAAAAUUUAAUUAAAAAUAAUGAUUUAUCGGAAAAACAGGUAAAGAAAAUAUACAAGUUACAAACUAAAGAUAGUAAGAAAGCAUUUGAUAAUAUUAAUGAAUUUACAGAAGAUUACAUUUUAGACAAUAUUAUGUCUUUAUUGGAUGAUUUAAAAAAUAACAACAUGCUUCCUUGUAUUGUCUUUAAUACAGACAGAGAUUUUAUUAAUAGAAUGGCAAUUAAAGUAUAUGAAAAAUUAGAAAAUAUGGAUAUUGAUAUUAAAAGGAAUAGAGUGAUAGAAAAAAUAAAAAAAGAAGCCAAAAGAACGCGAGAUAUUGAAAAGUCUAAGGAUGCGUGGAUUGAAGAAUCUCUAGAAGCAGAGAAGAAUUUUGAAUAUAAGACCGAUAAAAAGAAUAUUAAAUUUACGUAUCUCGAUCCAGUUACUAAAGUCACAGAUUAUGAAUUAGAGGAAGAAACGAGAUACAUCAAAAACACUAGACCUGAAUUUAUUGAUAUGUUAUACAGGGGUAUAGGAGUACAUCACGAGCAGAUGAAUCGAAAGUAUAGAAAUGUUGCAGAAAUUUUGUUCCGACAGAAACACCUUAGGGUUCUUUUUGCUACAGAUACUCUGGCUCUUGGUAUAAACAUGCCUUGUAGAACUGUUGUAUUUGCAGGGGAUAGUCUUUUGUUAGAUCCUCUCAAUUUCAAACAGAUGGCCGGUCGUGCGGGCAGAAGAGGAUUUGAUACAUUAGGAAAUAUUGUAUUUAUGGGAAUACCCCAAAGAAGAGUACAAAAUCUUAUGGUCUCAAGAUUACCAAAUAUAAAAGGGGUCUAUACAUACACUAAUACUAGUUUUGUAGGGUUUAAUAUUAAAGAAUCACUUAUUAAAUAUCCGUUACUAGAAAAAACAUAUGGUUAUGAUUUAGAGAAAAAAAUAGAAAAUUUAAAUAUUAAUUCUAAAUAUGAUCUUAGUGGCAUUUUUACAUCUGAAAAAUAUAGAAGAGAUUUAGUUAACAACCAGAUUGAAAUUUUAAAUAUUUAUUUUAAUAAAAAUAGCUAUCUGAAUGAUCUUGUUAUCUCAAAUAGAGAUUCUGAUCCUUCUAUUUUCAUUUUAGCCAUUUUACUAGACCAGAAACUUAUUAAUUUUGAUCCACAAAAUUUUAUGAAUACACUAGCACAUCUCUUUGAAGUCAAACCUUUGCUAUUUGAAAAUGAUUAUGUUUUACCACCUUUAGAUGAUAACAUUUAUAAAUUCUGUAAAAAGAUUAAUGAACAAAAUAUAAAUAUAUCUUCUAAUUUCUACAAUUUCAUAUUGAAAGGAUUACAAAUUUAUUCUAAGAAGCAGAUAUUUACAUUACUGUCUUAUUUUCAGGUAAAUUAUCUCGAUUAUCCUAAAAAUUCAUAUUUGUUAGAUUUCUUUAAAGGUAAGUCAGUCAAUAAGAUAGUUAAUGAGAACAGGGUCAGGUCAGCAGAUUUAUUUAAAUCACUAAGUGUUAUUAACAAUUUACUAUUAAGUAUUAUUAGAUGGUACAAUAAAUAUCAAUUGGAUGGAAUUACACUUAAAAAAGUGAUUAAUUUUUAUGCGAUAUUUGAGCCUAAAUUCAAAUCAAUAUUUGCUUAA